CGGCAAUGCUGUGCAUCGCCAGGGGUUACUCCUGGCUUUACACUCAGGAAUUACUCCCGGCAGUGCUCAGGGGACCAUAUGGGAUGCUGGGAAUCGAACCCGGGUCGGCCAAGUGGAAGGCAAACGCCCUACCCGCUGUGCUAUUGCUCCAGUCCCUGUGCUCCAUUCUUAUUCUCUGCAGUCCUCACUCUCUCCGAUCACACUGCUGGGAUUGGCCCUGGGGUGUAUGUGUGCAAGGCUAGUGCCUCUAGGAACUAUCUAAUAUAGUGUCAUCAUGUUUUACUUACCAGCUGCCUUAGAGUGACUUAUUGGGCCAGUAACACAGGAGGCUGUGAAGCCAGUUCCUCCUCUUGGAGAGGCCCUGAGCUCUCUGGAUCCUCGGGGGUCCCAUUCUCACAGCUCAGGAACAAAGUGGGGACUGACCCUAACUCUUGCCCCCUGGGUGUGUUGGAUCAGGACGCUUUGACCUUCCCAGACGUGGCCGUGAGCUUCACACCCGAAGAGUGGAUGUGUCUGGAUGCCUCUCAGAGGAAACUCUACAGGGACGUGAUGCUGGAGACCUACCGGCACCUGCAGGCUGUGGCAGGGCAUUCUAGGGUGAAGCCUGGACUGAUAACCUGGUUGGAAGGAGAAAUCCUGAGGCCAGGGAGGAGAAGCGUGUGUGCAGAUCUCAAACCACAGCUUCAGGAUGUGGCAUGGCUGCAAUUUGAUUUGGGAACAGGAUCAGCAAAUAUGAGUGAGCUGGAAAGCAGCCAGCCCCUAUGGGAUGUCUCCAACCAUGCAUACUGGGACAAAGUCUCGAGUGAGCAAUCUUGCCUUCAGUCCCAUGGGGAUGCCAAGACAAUUGGAAGGUCUUCUGAGGGUGAUCAGAAUGGAGAGAGAUUCCUAGCUCCGAAGAAGUCCUUGUCUGGAAAAAGCUCCGAGUAUGUUCCACUCAAUCCAUGGACACCAAACCCCCCAGUGCGACAUUCCUGGGACUGUGAGAGAGGAGCACAGUUUAUAGAGAGUCCUUCAUGCCAACAGGACCACAAGAAGAGUCACCAUGACCAGAACCCGUCCAAGUGUGAGGAAUGUGGGGAAGCCUUCCCGUGUUCUGGGCACCAUGAGGUUUCCAUAGAAACCUACAGUGGACAGAAUCCCCAGGAAUGUCAACAGCAAAGACAAACAUUAAGUCAAGUGUCACCCCAGCUUGUCCCUCUGAACGUCCACACAGGAGAUAAGCCGGGUACUUGGAAAGAGUGUGAGCAGGCCUUCAAUCAUUCCUCACACCCUAUAAUACAGAGGACAGUUCAAACUGUAGAGAGACCGUAUGUAUGUAAAGAGUAUGGGAAGGCCUUUACCCAACCCUCAAGCCUUAGUAUACCCCGGAACAUUCAUAAUGAAGAGAAACCUUAUUUAUGCACCGACUGUGGAAAAGCCUUUCUUCACUUCUCAAGCCUUUUUGCGCAUAGGAAAAUUCACGUGCGAGACAAAUCUUAUUUGUGUAAGGACUGUGGGAAGGCUUUUACCUAUUACUCAAACUAUUUCAUACACAAAAAAAUGCACAUUGAACAGAAAUUGUAUAUAUGUAAGAAAUGUGGGAAGGCCUUUGCUCAUUACUCAAACCUUUUGAGUCAUGGGAAAAUUCACACAGGACAGAAGUCAUAUAUAUGUGAGGUCUGUGGGAAAGCUUUCAGCUACCCCUCACGCCUUAUUAGACACAGGGAGAGUCAUAAUAAAGAGAAACCUCAUACCUGUAAGGAAUGCGGGAAGGCCUUUGCUGUUUUUGCUUACCUCUCUGUACACAGAAAAAUUCAUACUGGAGAGAAACCUCAUAAAUGUCAGACAUGUGGAAAGGCCUUCAUUCACUCCUCAGCCCUGACUGUGCAUAUGAGAACUCACAGUGGAGAGAAGCCUUAUAUAUGUCAGGACUGUGGGAAGGCCUUUCGUCGGUCUACAGGACUUACUGAACAUAGGAGAGUUCACACUGGAGAGAAACCGUAUAGUUGUAAGGAAUGUGGGGAGGCCUUCAUUAACACUUACAGCCUUCUUCAACAUAGGAGAAUUCACAGUGGAGAGAAACCUUUUGUAUGUGAGGAAUGUGGGAAGGCAUAUUAUUAUUCCGCAAGUCUUCGUAUUCAUAGGAAAAUUCAUGCUGGGGAGAAGCCUUAUGUUUGUAAGGAAUGCGGUGAGGCUUUCUCUCAAAAAAGGUCCCUGACUCAACACAGGAAAAUUCAUAAUGAAGAGAAACCUCAUCUAUGUCAGACAUGUGGGAAGGCCUUCACUACAUACUCAGGCCUUAUUCUGCAUCAGGAAACUCAUAUUCGAGAGAAACUUUAUAAAUGUAAGGAAUGUGGAAAGGCCUAUACUCGACCCACCUAUCUUACUAUGCAUAGAAAAUCUCAUACUGGAGCGAAUCUGUAUGUAUGUCAGGAGUGUGGGAAGACAUUUAUUAAAUCCUCACUGCUUACAGUACACAUGAGAAUUCACACUGGAGAGAAACCGUAUAAAUGUAAGGAAUGUGGGAAGGCGUUUAUUACCAACUCCAGCCUUCAUGAGCAUCAGAGACUUCAUACUGGAGAGAAACCUUUUGUGUGUGAGGAAUGUGGGAAGGCAUAUCGUUAUUCCUCAAGCCUUCAUAGUCAUAGGAGAGUUCAUACUGGAGAGAAACCUUAUGUCUGUAAGGAAUGCGGGAAGGCCUUCUCUGAAAUUCGGAAUCUGAAUAAGCACAGGAAAAUUCAUAGUGGAGAGAAACCUCAUCAAUGUCAGACCUGUGGGAAAGCCUUCACUCUGCGCUCAGGCCUAACUAAGCAUAUGAAAGUGCAUACAGGAGUUAAAUCUUAUGUAUGUAAAGAGUGUGGGAAGGCCUUUGUGUUCUCUUCAAGUCUUAGUAAACAUCUUAAAACUCAUAAAAGAUGACUCGAGGGGAUACGCUGCCACCCAGCAGGUCAACCUAUUCUUGCGUGACGAAUGCAUCAGCCACUUGAUUGUGCCUUCAGACUUUCUGAUAUCCCAGAAUUGUCACUCUGCCUCUGUCUGGACCCUAACAACUUGGGACCAUGUUUUCUGAGAAAUUAAAGGCCAAAAGUUAGGUAUGUGGAAGUCACUGGAUAGCUGUCAUCCUUUUGUUCAUCGAUUUACUCAAGCAGGUGCCAGUAAUGUCUCUGUUUGUCCCAGCCCUGAGAUUUUAGUAGCCCUGUCCUUAUUUAUUUUUCCCAACGAUUGGAGGCUCUUUUCAGGGUCAGGGGAAUGAGACCUGUUAUUGUUACUGUGUUUGGCAUAUUGAAUACGCCCACAAAACACCUCUGGCUCAGCAAUAUAAGCUCAUUCAUCAGCCUUGCCUCAAAUACCAACAAAUAAAUCUCAAAAGAGACCAAAAACAUGUCAUUUAUGUAAUUGAUGGUCAUUAUUCAGAGAUUCACAAAUGAAUCUGGGAAGAGAGCAGCACACUGCAAAGAUGUCUCACCACCCCGCACCAGGCUGCUUUCACCAGGGCAUCUUGGGUGUGUGGGUGCUUGUAUGUCCCUCCACCUGCCCAGAUGAACCCUGGCAGCCACAAGCUUCCAGAACCUAGUCACUACCGCCAUGCUCAGGGCUGACCUUCACAGACUUGUUCCAAGCCCCCCAUGCAUGAGGUGAACUCGCUGAAAAUCCCAGGUAUGUGGGACUAGUGACUGAAAACUCCAGGCUUCACAGAGUCAGGGAUCGGCAACCUCUCCCCAUCUCCCUGCCCAACCAAUUUCCUAACCGAUUUCCUGGCAUCAUGCCAAAAAAAAAAACUGCUCUGGGCACCAAUUAAGCGCAUUCACUGCCAUGAUUCAGAGACUCAUAAAUGGUGAAUCUUGGAAGAGGCCAGCACAUCCUAGAAAUGACUCCGGACCCCAAAUAUUUCACAAAUUUUAGAAUUCCAGGUCACCUCAUACUAUUGAUGGCAAACAAUGCAAAAUAAAGUAUUUAACAUCUGCAAAAGGGGCAGGUUGGACUGGUGGUAAGAUUCAAAGUAAUGGUGGUAGUAAGGUGCAAUGGUGGUGGGAUUGGUGUUGAAAUACUGAAUGUAAACAAUUAGUGUGAACAAAUUUAUGAAAACUAUAAAAAAUUUUAAAAGUCAAUGCAGAGUUUAUGCCUGCCUCAGUCACCUUUAAUCAAUGGCUGA